AUGAUGUUUGUUUCUGGCGAGACAAAUGAUCCACCUGUAGAAACAACUUCUUUAAUAGAAGAUAUUGUUAAAGGCCAAGUGAUUGAGGUUCUAAUACAGGCCAAUAAAACUGCACAUGCUAGAGGUAGCAAAGUUAUACAGCCAGAAGAUGUAAUUUUUCUGAUAAGGCAUGAUAAAGCAAAAGUUAAUAGACUUAGGACGUAUCUUUCUUGGAAGGAUCUUAGAAAGAAUGCUAAAGAUCAAGAUGCCAAUGCGGGUGUAAUGGAUGGAGCAGCAGGGGGUGCUGAUGAAGAUGUCAAAAAGCCAGAAAAUGAUAAAGAUGAUAAGGAUGGAGGUAAUAUGAUGAAGGUUAAAAAAUCACAAAUCAAACUUCCUUGGGAAUUACAAUUUAUGUUUAAUGAACAACCCUUGGAAACAUUUGAUGAUAAUGAAGAUUUAGAUGAAGAUCAGAGGGAAGCAAAUAUUGCAACAUUGAAAAGGUUAAAAACAGCAGAUGAUCGUACUAGAAAUAUGACAAAGGAAGAGUAUGUUCAUUGGUCAGAUUGUAGACAAGCAAGUUUCACAUUUAGAAAAAGUAAAAGAUUUAAAGAUUGGUCUGGUAUCAAUCAACUUACAGAUGGUAAGCCUCAUGAUGAUGUAAUAGAUAUCUUAGGUUUUCUUACUUUUGAAAUUGUUUGUUCUUUAACUGAAAUGGCUCUAAAUGUUAAAAAGCAUGAACAACUCAUACAGCGCCAGAAAAGCAAAAGUCAGCCAACCAUUCCAGACAAUAUUAUGGAAACUACUACUAUGCGAACUAAAAAGAGGCUAUUUGAUGGUCCUGAUAAUGUAGUAAGCCCGCUCACAGCUAAAGAAAUACAUGAGGCUUGGAGAGUAUUACAAAAAGUAAACAUGAAGGGCAGAGUAUUAACAAAUUUCCGAGGAGGCAGAUUAAGAUCUAAGCCAGUCCUACUGUAA